UCGCUUGCGCAGACAUUGGCUCUGAUUGUUUGACAAAAGCUCUGUGGAUUUUUUUAGGGUUUCAACGUUCCAACAAUGGCGGAUACGGAGCCAGAAGUUUCUGCUGCGGCUGGAAUUGUUAAGAAGAGAACGUUCAAGAAGUUUUCUUUCAGAGGAGUCGAUCUCGAUGCUCUUCUCGACAUGUCUACAGAUGAUCUUGUCAAGCUCUUCAGUUCUCGUGUUCGCAGAAGAUUCUCUAGAGGAUUGACCAGGAAGCCUAUGGCUUUGAUCAAGAAGCUGCGCAAAGCGAAGAGAGAUGCACCAGCUGGUGAGAAGCCAGAACCAGUGAGAACCCACUUGAGAAACAUGAUCAUUGUGCCUGAAAUGAUUGGGAGCAUCAUCGGUGUUUACAAUGGAAAGACUUUCAACCAAGUCGAGAUCAAACCAGAAAUGAUUGGGCAUUACUUGGCUGAGUUCUCAAUCUCAUAUAAACCGGUUAAGCAUGGUAGGCCUGGUGUAGGUGCUACCAACUCUUCCAGGUUUAUCCCUCUCAAGUGAAUAAACUCUUAUUCAGAGUCUUCUGUUCUGCUCAACACCAAAAUUGUGUUUUUUUAUUUCUU